UUGUAUAAAAGCCUUGAAAUGACGAAGUCAUGCUCAUACUAGUGAAUGAGUUAGAACUGUCAGGCGGAACUAAAAAAUCAUGUCUCGCACAACGAUAAUAUUACUUGCUGUAUUGGCAAUAUUUGCUACAGACAUGCUUGCAACAGAACUUGAAUGUACUCGUGAAAAUGAAGAGUAUCAAUGUGGAUCGGCCUGUCAAACAACUUGUAGAAAUUUGGGUCAAAAUUGUUCUAUAGUAAACAUUAAAUGUAAUGAUGCUUGUUAUUGCAAGGAAGGAUACGCAAGAAUCACUGACGAUAAUAGCCCAUGUAUCCCUAUAAAAAAUUGUGAAAGUUUAGAGGCUAACUAAAUUAUUGUGUUUUGAUUAUCUAUUUUUUAUU